GACAAACAGCAGAUACGCAGACCGACAGAGAACUAGUUUCUUCUUUUCUUCCAGCAGUGUCCUUCUGGUGUCAAGCCAGUGCUUUAUUAAACACAAAGAAAUGGCACCCAAGGGGCUCAGUGAAUUGGCAAAGUCGUUUCGCGGCCUGCAUCGCCCAGGCCGACCUCUCGUCCUGGCCAACGUGUACGACGUCCUCUCGGCCAGGGCGGUGGCGCCUCUCCCAUCCUGCCACGCUCUCGCGACCGCGUCGUACGCCGUGGCCCUCGCGGCAGGCACGACCGAUGACGACUUGACGCUGGAGCAGAACCUCGCCGCCGCGCGGCUGAUCGGCAGGGUGGCCGCGGAGCACGACAAGCCCCUCACGGUCGACCUGCAGGACGGGUACGGCGAGCGGCUCGAAGAGGCGGUGCGCGGGGCCAUCGACGCCGGCGCGGUGGGGAUCAACCUCGAGGACUACGACAAGGAGAACCGGCGGUUCUACUCGCCCGACGAGGCGGCCGCGCGCGUCAAGGCCGCCGUCGCCGUCGGCGUGAAGCAGGGCCUCCCGGACUUCGUGGUCAACGCCCGGUGCGACACGCUGGUCCAGGGCGGCGGGAUGGCCGAGGCCGUCGAACGCGGCCGCAAGUACCUCGCCGCCGGGGCCACGACCGUGUUCGUGUGGGGAGGCGGCAAGCGCGGCGUCAGCAAGGCGGAGGUCGCGCAGCUGGUCAAGGCGUUUGACGGCCGCCUGAACGUCUCCCUGAAGUGGACCGGCGGGUUGACCGUCGCGGAGCUGGCGGAGAUGGGAGUCGCGCGCAUCAGUGUCGGCCCGACGAUCACGUUUCUUGCCAUGGCCGAGUACGAGCGGCAAGCGAAGCAUUUGCUGGAACAGGCCCGCAUGUAG